AUGGAUUCACUCCACUACAUCUGGGAGCUCGACACCAUGGCUCGAGCCAUUCAUUACAACAGCGACCCUGCCAACCCGCCUUUUCUUGCUCAGAAUUUUAUUGAAGGCAAAUUCCUUGAUCUUGAGCACACGCCGGAAUGGAUCAAUUCCGUUUGCCCUCGUUCCGGUAAUCUACUGAUGGAGGUCCCUGUUAGUCCCGAGAACGUUGUCGAUUACGCUGUUACUGUGGCAGACCAGGCUUUCAAAGCCUGGUCCACCACAACUCCCCAGCAGCGUUCUGAACUCCUACUUCGAAUUGCGUAUCUUCUUGAGUACAAGAAAGAUAUGUUUACGGUCUGGGAAAGCAUCACCCAGGGAAAGAAACUUGCUCGUGCUCAAUUUGAGGUUGACUGUUCGAUUGAACAAUUCCGGUAUUUCGCCAAGUUCAUCCUGCAGGAUGAGACCAGUGCAGCGCAUGUCAACAGAGGCGUGGAAGAGACUACCCUGACUUUUGAACACCGAGUUCCCGUGGGUGUCUACGCCUUGAUUACGUCCUCCAACAUGCCGCUUUACCUUUUGACUUCGCAAAUUGCCGCCUGUCUCGCAUUCGGAUGCACCGGUGUGGCCAAGCCAAGCGAACACACUAGUAUGACUGCCUUCAUGUUCGCUAGAGUCCUCCACGACGCAGAGGUCCCCCCUGGUGUGAUGAACAUCAUUUUCGGCAAUGGAUCUGUCACUGGUGCGAGUCUCGUCGCUUCCCCCCUUGUUAAGGGAGUUUCCUUUAAUGGAAGCAAUUUGACAGCCAUCCAGAUUCGACAGAACACUGCGGCCGAUAUCCAUAAACGCCUCUCUUUCGAGCUCCGAGGAAAUAGUCCAGUUCUGGUCUUUGGUGAUGUCGAUGUGGACGAUGCAGUCUCCACCGCAGCUGGAGCAGCAUUCAACAACACCGGACAGCUCUGCCUGAGCGGUUCUCGGAUUUACGUUCACCGAUCAAUCUACAACAUGUUCGUUGCCAAGCUUGUCCGACAUGUCCGUGAUUAUUACUGGGCUGCCAGGGAUCUUGGUCCUGUUGUUUCCUUGGAGCAUUACAACAGGGUUCGAGCCCACCUCAUUCAAGCCCGAGAGAUGUGUGCCAGUUUUGAGAUUGGUAGCAUUCCGCCAGUGAAUCCGGCUAGGGGUUUCUGGAUCCACCCCACUGUCUUGACCAACGUGCCCACCAACAGUGCCCUGGCUCACGCGGAGAUCUUUGGCCCUGUCACCAUUGUGUAUCAGUUCGAAGCCGAGGAUGAGGUUAUCGAACUGUGCAACGACAACCUUAAUGGAAAGGGGGCUGUCGUUUUGACGCAUGAUCUCUCCCGCAUGCGCCGAAUUGGAGAGAGCCUUGAUGCAGACCUCACAUGGGGAAACUGCUCCCUGGGGCGUGAGCUUGGUGCUGGCCUGAACGACACCAAGGCGAGCGGUGUCGGCAAGGAGGGUGGUGAGCGUGCCAGGGAUGCAUUCACACGCAUCCGACGUGUCCACCUCCCGGCAUACUAA